GCGCGCUGUCCCUGUCCCUGUCCCCUCCCCUUCCUCCCUGCGCUUUUCCUCCCCCGCCUUUUCGCGGCGGCCGCGCUCAGUCCUUUUGUCCAAGAUGGCGGCCCGGGGGGCGCUGCCUCCUCCUCCAGCUCCUGCUCCGGCCCCGGCCCCGCCGCCGCCGCCCCCGCGCCGCUGCCCGGUCGCGCUGUGAGGGAGGGGGCCCGGCCAGGCCCGGCCGGCCUCGGCGCCAUGAAGCGGCAGAGCGAGCGCGACUCGAGCCCGGGGGCCCGCGGGGCGUCGUCGUCGUCAUCGUCGGCGAAGCGGCCCCGGGAGCGGGAACGGGAUCGGGAUCGGGAGCGCGGGGAGCGGGAGCGGGAGCGGGGCGAGCGCGGGGAGCGGGAGCGCGGCGAGCGUGGGGAGCGCGAGCGGGAGCGCGGGGAGCCCGACUCGGGUGGAGGCAGCGGCGGGAGCCGGCGGGCCGCGCAUAAGAGCUCCGGCUCUGGCUCUGGCUCCGGCUCCGGCCCCGCCAAGCACCAGGCCCCGGCCCGCGCCCGUGAUAAGCCCCGCGGCGGCAGCGGCAGCGGCAGCAGCAGCCACCGCGAUGGCCGAGGCUCUGGGGACUCCAACCACCGUGCGGGCAGCAGCGGCGGCCGCGGGGGCGGUGGUGGCCGUGCCAAAGCUGGUGGCGAGUCCGGCUCGGCAUCCGCCUCGUCCCCCGGGGCGUCCCCGCUGCUUCUGCUGCCGCCUCUUCCUGAGCCACCCGCGCCCACCCCAGCCCCGCCGCCGCCACCCGCACCCGCCCCGCCGCCACCACCUCCCGAGUACAAGACGCUGCUCAUCAGCAGCCUGAGCCCCGCGCUGCCCGCCGAGCACCUGGAGGACCGUCUCUUCCACCAGUUCAAGCGCUUCGGCGAGAUCAGCCUGCGCCUGUCGCACACCCCAGAACUGGGCAGAGUAGCCUACGUGAACUUCCGACACCCACAGGACGCCCGCGAUGCCCGCCACCACGCCCGAGCGCGCCAGCUUCUGCUCUACGACCGGCCGCUUAAGGUGGAGCCUGUGUACUUACGAGGCAGCAGUAGUAGCAGUCGCCGCAGCAGCAGCAGUAGCGCCGGGGCCGCCGCCACCACACCACCACCCGGGCCUCCUGCCCCUGCAGAUACACUGGGCUACCUGCCACUGCACAGCGGCUACCAAUACAAGCAGCGCUCCCUUUCCCCCGUGGGCGCACCCCCGCUGCGGGAGCCCCGGGCUCGGCACGCGGCAGCCGCCGCAGCCUUUGCCCUGGACGCUGCAGCCGCGGCGGCUGCUGUGGGCCUCUCCCGGGACCGGGCCCUGGACUACUAUGGGCUGUACGAUGACCGAGGGCGCCCCUACGGGUACCCGGCCGUGUGUGAGGAGGACCUGAUGCCCGAGGACGACCAGCGGGCCACUCGCAACCUGUUCAUCGGCAACCUGGACCACAGCGUGUCUGAGGUGGAGCUGAGGAGGGCCUUUGAGAAAUACGGCAUCAUCGAGGAGGUGGUGAUCAAGAGGCCGGCCAGAGGCCAGGGGGGUGCCUACGCCUUCCUCAAGUUCCAGAACUUGGACAUGGCUCACAGGGCCAAGGUGGCCAUGUCGGGGAGGGUGGUGGGGCGCAACCCGAUUAAGAUUGGCUAUGGUAAAGCCAACCCCACUACCCGCCUCUGGGUGGGAGGCCUGGGGCCCAAUACCUCCUUGGCUGCCCUGGCCCGUGAGUUUGACCGCUUUGGGAGCAUUCGAACUAUUGACCACGUCAAGGGGGACAGCUUUGCUUAUAUCCAGUAUGAGAGCCUGGAUGCAGCGCAGGCUGCCUGUGUGCAAAUGAGGGGCUUUCCUCUGGGGGGACCGGACAGGAGGCUCCGGGUGGAUUUCGCCAAAGCCGAGGAGACACGAUACCCCCAGCAGUGCCAGGCUGCUCCCCUCCCGGUGCACUACGAGCUACUCCCAGAGGGCUACAGCAGGCACCGGAACCUGGAGGCUGACUUGAGGGUCCGAGACAGGACUCCCCCCCACCUCCUCUACUCAGACCGCGACAGAAGCUUUGUGGAGAGCGACUGGGCCAGCCCUUCCAAAAGCACUGACCGCCGGAAUAGCCUGGAGAGUUACGGCCGCUCGGUGCGCAGCCGCAGCGGAGAGAGGUGGGGCAGCGAGGGCGACCGGAGCCUACCGAAGCCCUGGGAAGAGAGGCGAAAGAGGAGGAGCUUAUCCAGCGACCAUGGCCGCACCGCCCACUCCCCAUACGAAGAAAGAGGCAGAACCAAAGCCUCUGGGCCGCCCUCGGACCGGAGCCCAGAGAGGCCCCGGAGAGAGAACCAUACCAGUGAGCCUGGGCCCGAGAAGGAGCCCAGCAAUUCCCUGCCCAACAACCGGCACGGGGCUGAGGAGCGGGGACCAGACUCUCACCAGGGCAAAAAGAGGGACAGCGAGCGCAAUCAUCGAACCAGCGAGACGGAGGUGAAACCUGCCGAAGAGCCAAAACCAGAGACCAAAAAGCUAAAGAAUCUGUCCGAGUAUGCCCAGACCCUGCAGCUGGGCUGGAAUGGGCUCCUGGUGUUGAAAAACAGUUGCUUCCCCACUUGUAUGCACAUUCUAGAGGGGGACCUGGGAGUGAUCAGUGGCCUCCUCAAAGACCAUGCUUCAGGGAGCAAGCUGACCCAGCUCAAGAUCGCCCAAAGACUUCGACUAGACCAGCCCAAACUGGAUGAGGUCACUCGGAGAAUCAAGCAAGGAAGCCCCAAUGGUUACGUGGUACUUCUGGCCACUCAAGCUUCUCCGGGAGGGCCUGGAGCAGAGGGGAGCCAGGCUGUGGAGCCAGGCUUGCAGCGGAGGCUUCUCAGGAAUCUGGUCUCAUACUUGAAACAGAAGCAGGCUGCUGGGGUGAUCAGCUUGCCGGUGGGAGGGACCAAGGGCAGAGACAACACAGGCAUGCUCUAUGCCUUCCCUCCCUGUGAAUUCUCCCAGCAGUACCUCCAGUCUGCUCUAAGGACAUUGGGGAAGUUAGAAGAAGAGCAUAUGGUGAUAGUUAUAGUAAGAGACACUGCCUAGCCAAAACCUGGCUUUUCCCAAUCUUGUGUUUUCUUUGUGUCAUGAAAACAGUUAUUUUUAAAGCCAAUUCUGCUCUCGGUUUGGCUUUUCUGCCCAGUUAUUAUGGUUGGUUUGGUGAAGGCCAGAGCCCCUUCCACCAAAACUCAAUUUUUUUUUUUUAUGCCCAUUUGAAGGUAUUCCCAUUUUAUUGAUUUCUAAUGUAUGAAACACUUUCCAGUGUGUUCUGUAUUUUAUUUUUUAACUAACUGUAUGGAAAGUUGUCAGUAAAGCCUUUGUCCAAGGAUCAAUUUUUAA